AUGAUGCCUUUGUUUCUGUGUGUAUUAAUUGUAUUGGUACAGAGUCUAGAGUUCAAUGCAAUGCUUCCCCUCGACAUUAUUAGUACCAGUGGAUUUACUAAUAAAAAGCAAUUAGUUUCUGAUUUAAAGAAAUUGAAAGAAGCGGGGACGGAUGGAGUAAUGGGAGACAUCUGGUGGGGUCUAGUUGAACAGAGUGAUAGAAUAUAUACAUGGAAAUAUUACUUGGAAUUAGCAGAAGCCAUUCAACAAGCUGGUUUACACUGGCAACCUGUCCUCUCGUUCCACGCGUGUGGAGGGAAUGUUGGAGACUCUGUGAACAUCCCUCUUCCAAAUUGGGUUCUUGUUGCUGGAAAAUCCAAAGGCAUCUUCUUCAAAGGGUUUCCAAGCAAUAAAAUUGAUGUUGAGUAUAUCUCUUUUGGUGCCGAUGACGUGAAUGUUGUUGGGGAUAGAACACCAAUAAUGAUGUAUGGUGACUUCUACAAGUCAUUUAAAGAGAACUUCAAUAAAUACUUUGAGAAUGGUCUUAUUAAUGAAAUUCAAAUUGGAAUGGGUCCAUCUGGUGAAUUGAGAUACCCCGGGUAUGUUGCAGAUAGCUCAGAUAAAACAUAUGGAUGGGUAUACCCCGGUAUUGGAGAGUUUCACGUGUCUGACAAUUAUACACUCGACUUACUUAAAGCCGCAGCUAAAGCUGCGGGACAUGAAGAAUGGGGAAGAGUACCAACUAACCCUGGAAACCCAAAUGACAAACCAACACAAGAAGGAAUCUUCUUUAACUCCGCUUCGACAGAAAACUUUGGAACGGACUAUGGAAAAUUCUAUUUAAAGUUUAUUGCUCAAUUGCUCCUCGACCAUGGAGAUAGAGUCUUGAGCGUCGCUAGACAAAACCUUGGCUCAAGUGUCCCAUUUGCAAGUAAAAUCUCAGGUAUCCACUGGUGGUUUAUGCAUGCCUCUCGCGCUGCGGAGAGCACAUCGGGGUAUGUCAUGAAUAACGAAUUUGACUUCUACACUAAAGCAGCUCAAAUGUUUAAGAUGUAUGGUAGCAGAUUCACAUUCACUUGCUUCGAAAUGUCAGAUUCACAAAGCGCACUCGAUGACGCAGGAAGCGCACCAGAAAAAUUAGUCAAAGAAGUGUAUGAUAAGGCUAGUCCACUAACUGAGUUUAGAGCAGAGAAUGCACUUGCUUUGUAUUGGCCUAAAGAAGGAACUGAAGCAAAUUGGUUGUCUGAAACUGAGUUUUCUAAAGUUGAGGAUAAUCUUGCAAAAUACACAGUCGAUGGAUUCACAUUUUUAAGAUACACAAGUGACUUGGUUACGUUCCCUGAAUUCUUUGCUAGAUACACAAAGCUGAUUCAAAAUGCACACAACCAAUGA